AUUCAUUCCCUCUGGUUGCCCUCACUGUGAAGUAUAGCGGCCGCGGUCCUCGUUUAGCACAAACCACAAUCCCCUGCGUUGCGCAUUCAGACUGACCACGAUUCAUCAUUCCUGAAGUGACUCAGACUCUGCCUCAUACUUGUUGGGGUGUCAUGCCAGUGCAGCUCUCCACGGACGACGAUCUUGAUAGUCCACCACCCUCUAAUCGCAACCUCUCCCUGUCCCCUUUGUUGUACUUAGUCAAAGCAUUCCUUUCUCUCACUCCUCCGCGCUGGAAACCAGCCAUAUAUGAUGCUAUUAUCGGAAAUCGUUACAUGUGUACCUCCCUGUACCAUGACAUUUUCCGUCUCCCCUUUGGACUCGUUUUGGAGGUCGUGAAAAAACCCAGUUACGUCGAAGCAGAUGCUCUGCGUUUCGUCAGCACCUUGCAAGAUAUCCACGCUCCUCGUUACAUCGACAGCGUAUCGAGCCAGUACAAAAGCUAUCUCCUCACUACUUGGGUAGAAGGUGACUGCGUGGGUGACGUAUGGGAUGAUCUGACCGCGUCGGAUAAGGAAAGGUUAGCGCACGAUUUGCGCCACCAACUAAGUUCGAUGAGACUUCAGACCCGGUCUUACGAGCUUCGUGCCGUCUGCAACGCUCCAGGUGGUCCUGUUGACGAUCCACGCAUUCCUUGGGUGGCUCGGGAGAAUCUCCGAAUGUUUCCAUCCUCUCAAGACUUCGCUGCGAGAUUGCGCGACGGAGUUCCUAUCGUAUUUAGUCAUGGGGAUCUUCUUCCAAAGAAUUUGAUUUUUCCGGGUGGCCUCAAUCAUUGGCGAUCGGGCGGAGAGAAGAUUUGCAUCAUCGAUUGGGAGUACGCUGGGUGGAUGCCAAUUUUCUGGGAUGCAUUAAAGGCGACAUGGUUGGAGUGCGAACCUGAUACAGAGUGGUUGCAAAUGAUGCGGACGAUUUUCCCUGACUGCAUUGAGGAAUUGGAUGCUGAUUGGCAGUGGCGAAGUCGUUCGAGAGUUACGAUCCUUUAGAGGUAAAUCUUUUGACAGUAGGCACCAGCGUAACCCCCUCAGCAAACUGGACAAGCGGAGUGAGUCAGUUAUCUCGGGAGCUGCGCGCUGGUAGGUGACUCAUGAAUUUUACACUCUUCCAGUAGCAGUUCUCUCAUGAUAGUGGUAUUUGCGAUGCCUUCCAGGCGUUUUAUGUUCCCCGCAAUCAGUUUGACAAGGGUGCCGACGCGCGGCAGGACUUGUUACUGGACAACAUCCUUGUCAAUAUUUACCUUAUUGUGUGACUUUUGAU